AUGUCGAUAGCCAGCCUCUCAUCGCCUCCUAAAUUCUAUCCCCAUAGUUCCUCACUAUCUGAGCAGGGGCAUUACUGUGGUAUAGAAUGGAGGUUACCGGAUAAUCUUCCUCACCCUUCAAAGAGCGGUAACGCCCGUAUGGUAAAGAAAAUUCUUGGUGCCAUAAUGAGCGCAAGCACAGCCAUGUGCCACUUCGAUAGGCACGAAAAAGACUUUAACUUUUUUAACCCCAGCCGAAUUAGUCUUCAUUCUGCGAUUAUGCUGGCACAAUCAACUUACAGACUGAAAGAUAUUGGCCAGAGUCUAAGACGUGAACUUCUGGACUCCUCACAACCCCGUCCACUCCAGAACUUCAAAAACAUGGCCAUGGAGUUAGAGCCUCAAGGCAAAUACAUGUAA